AGCAGCACGCUAUUCUGUGCUUCACUUCAUUCUGCAGUUUCACUCUUAAAAUGCAAUAGCUAAACAAUUAUAGCAGCCUAUCCCUACUGUAUUUUCAUAUUUUGAAAUCAGAGUAUUACACCUUCCAUACAUACUAGUUUAACAUAUUUAACAAAAGUCAUUACGUUAGUAGUGAAAGUUACGUUUAUCAGGGAAGUCUCAAUUCUUAUUUCACAUCCCCCUGUGUUUCUGGAACACCCAUCACCACCCCCGCCCUCCACUCCAGCGAAACUCCCUGAUUGGUACAAGACCAAAGUGUUCGCAUUUAUUAAUUUUGAGUCUAUUUUCCACUAAAUGCACACAUUGUAUUUGAAAUGUCUGACUCUUCUCUAGAAACCCAGUCCUCUGCCAAAAAAUAAAAUUAAAAAUAGCAACUGCAGGUUCUUUUUGGUCUGUGAAGAGUGCAAAAUUAUCUCUACAUUUUGAGCUGUUUAUUAUAAGGUUAAAAUAUACAUUAUGUGCUAAUAAAUUCUCAAAGACGCUUGUGGUUACCAGUAGCAGAAUAUAAAUGAAUGUGAGUAAUUGAGCUACUUCUUAGUUUAUCAUUGUCUGUUAUCUGUACUCCUUUAUGUACUAGACAAAGGAAGUGCUGAAGUUUUACUUAGUACUGAAGAUCUUUGUUUUCAUGAUGCCUUCAUUCAACGCCUCAGAAUUUCCCCUGAUGAAAGGUAUAUGGCUACCAGCAUUAAAAGCUCAAAUUCUGAAGAGUCAACCUGUAUUAUUAUGAAACUUGAUAAGUUACCUGUGAUGGAAAGAAUUAUCCCAAAUGUGUUUAGCUUUGAAUGGGCUACAAAUAAUGUCCUGUUUUAUACCAGUCAAGAAAACCUCAUAUGCCGUAAUGUGUUUCUGACCACUUUGACUGAUACAAAACAUACUGAGCUAGUUUACACAGAACAAGAUCCAAGAUUUUUUGUGGAUAUAUGUUGCACAAAGGAUAGGCGUUUUCUCACUAUCAACAGUAACAGCAAGACUACCUCUGAAGUUUGGUUGGUUGACUGUAGCCAUCCUUUUAAAUCACCUGUUCUUGUACAACAACGAACAAAAGGGGUUAUUUACCAUAUUGAGCACAGAAAUGAUGAAUUAUAUAUUCUUACUACAUAUGGACAACCUGCAGAAUACAAGCUGAUGAAGACACCACUUGGUUCCUGUGGCAUGGAAAACUGGCAGUCUGUUUACACACUGAAAGAAAAGACUAAGCUAAUAGACAUGGAGAUGUUCAAAGAUCAGUGUGUGAUGUUUCUGAAAUACUACAAUCAUCUUUAUUUAAAUGUGAUUUCUCUUGCUUCUCACUCUGUUCAGUCUGUUGAGCUACCUGCCUGGGCCUGUGCAUUUGAAUUGGAACCCCAUCCUGAGUACAACACCAGCACUUGCUAUUUUCAGCUUGCCUCCCCUGUUCAGCCCCCUAAACGUUUUGCAUAUUCAUUGGUGGAAAAUCAUCUCAUUGAGCAAGUUGAGCAAGAGGUACCAAUUACACUGAAUUGUCACACUGUACAUUUAACAGCUAAAAGCAAGGAUGAAACUUUGGUGCCAAUUACAGUUUUUCAUAAUACAAAUUCUAAAGAGCUACACAGGAAACCACUUCUAGUUCAUGUAUAUGGAGCUUAUGGCAUAGAUUUGAACAUGAGCUUUAAAGCAGAGAAUUUGAUCUUAAUUGACAAUGGUUGGAUAUUAGCAUAUUGCCAUGUUAGGGGUGGAGGAGAGUUAGGCCUUGGCUGGCAUAGAGAUGGAUGUAAGCAUAAUAAACUCAAUGGUUUCUAUGACCUAAAGGCUUGCAUGAUGCUGCUGCAUGAAGUAGGAUUUUCCCAGCCAAAGUAUACAGCUCUAACAGGUGCCAGUGCAGGAGGAGUUCUUGCUGGAGCCCUCUGCAAUGCUAACCCAGAACUCUUUGGAGCUAUGGUCUUACAGGCCCCUUUCUUGGAUGUUUUAAAUACAAUGUUGGACACUCAUCUCCCACUCACAGUUGAAGAACAGGAAGAAUGGGGAGACCCUUUAACAGAUGAUAAAUGCAUGGAGUAUAUUAAGAGUUACUGUCCAUAUCAUAAUAUUAAGCCACAGCAUUAUCCUUCAGUCUUAAUCACAGCUUAUGAAAAUGAUGAACGAAUACCACUGACAGGAGUAUUAAGAUAUAUUCAUAAACUCAGAAAAGCUGUAAUGGAUCAUGCUAGCAGUAAAUAUAAACAAGAAAUUGCAAGUAUGAUAGUUUCCAGAGACAUAACUGGUCCUUCCCUGCUCAUCCCACCCCAACCCAGGGAAGGUGUCACUAUUGCAGGGGCAAGUACUGCUGAAUCCCAGUGCUACCAAGAUAUCAAAAUGCUGAAUUCAGGGCCCAGCCCCUCAGCAAGUGCCCCUUGACUUGAAUUGCUGGUGCCACCUUUAACCGAGUACCCAGGGGUUGUGCCAAUCACCCACUACUACUGUGAGUCCUAGAGAUGCACUAAAUUUCUACUGAAACAAAGAUGUAUUUAAAAAUUUCUGUGUAAUAUACUUAUUGCUCAAUCAAUCAGUACCUUCCGAGAAUAGUUUUUGGGGGUUGUUUUUGUUCUUUUAAAGACAAGGAUUUUGUGGGUGGUAUCUUCUGUUGGACCAAGUGUAUGGGUAGGAUAGACUAGGAUUAUAGAUAUUUAGGUUAUGUUUCAGAAUCCACCACAUUUUACUGAUUAGGAGAGCUCCUAUUUCUUAGGUAUAGGUCUUUAGUUUCCCUACCUCAUCUACAUACCUCCAUCACAGCUGGUAGCUAAGGUCCAGGAAAUCAGCAAAGAUGCCUGCCACAGCUGUGCUGGGCAGAGGUUUUAAGAGGGAGUUCUGCCCACCUUAUAUAUAUGCUUCCUCAUAACUGCACAGAUAUCAGAAUCUUUUAAUGCAAAUAAUCCAUUUAGAACCCAUUACAUUGAGUUCGUUUGUCCAGUUCUAGAGAUCUUCCAUGUUCUUGCAUGGGGAACUACAGAAAUAAUCUGCCCAGGAAAUAAAAUAUCAAAGAAUUCCUUGCAUUCAAAAGCUUGGCUGAGUAUCCCAAAUGCAUAGUUGGUCUAAUAAAAUAUAUCACCCUAAGAAAUCAUUGCCAGGACAAAGGGUAAAAAUCUGCCUCGUUAUUUAUUUAAUACUUGUUGACCACUUACUGAUUUUG